GUGGUUGAUAGUUGACAAGUGUGGCUAUAAAAGAAAGUAGUUUCCAGAGAAACUUAAAUAUAGUUAGGAAGAAAGUAGGAUUUUCUUGGGAAAAGGUUUCAGUUACAAAGAGAAGUAAGUAAAAGACAAAGAGAAAGAACAACAAGUGGGUUUUGGAAAAAUCAAAUGGUAGCAAAAGAAAGUAGUAUAAGCAUGAAGUCAUUAGAGAGACUGGUUUCAGAUAAAGCAUCAAAGCUUGGAAACUCAUUUCCAUGUCAAAUCUGUGUUGUUGGGUUUCUCUGUGGAAUCUGUCUCACUUCACUCUUCUUAGCUGCUCUCACUUCCCUUGGCACCUUUGGGCUCACUGCCUUCUCCUUCUCCUCUGUUUUUCCUCCUUGCAAUUCCACUUCUCAAGUUACCAAUAUGGAUGCAGUCAUAGACAGGAAAGUCAAAUGGAAGAACAAAGCUGAGGCAGAAGAAGACAAUGAUGAUGAUCAGAUGAAACUUUUGGUCUCUGCUUGGGACAACUUAUUACUAAACAAUGAAGACUACUUCAAGAAACAAGGGAUAAACAAAUCUGAUGUCCCAAACGCUCCACAUUUGGAGAAUUGUAAGGAGAGGACAGGAGUUAGGGAGCGUUUGGAUACACCAAUGGCCAAUCAGACAUUUCCUUCUUGGAUCAAUGGAGGAGAUGAAGAGAAUUAUCCAUUAACAAGGAGAGUCCAAAGAGAUAUAUGGUAUCAUCAGCAUCCUCAGGACUGUGCAAACAAGAGUCUCAAGUUCCUUGUAGCUGACUGGGAAACGCUUCCUGGUUUUGGAAUAGGAGCUCAGAUCGCUGGAAUGACAGGUCUUCUCGCAAUAGCUAUAAACGAAAACCGAGUUCUUGUUACUAAUUACUAUAACCGAGCAGAUCAUGAUGGUUGCAAAGGUUCUUCUCGGGGAAGCUGGUCUUGUUAUUUUCUACCGGAAACAUCGAAAGAGUGUAGACAACGUGCGUUGGAAGUAAUGAAAAAGAAAGAAGCGUGGGACAGUGGGCUUGUUACAGGGAAACAAAACUACAGCAGCAAGGAGAUUUGGUCAGGGCGCAUACCAAAGCUAUGGGGUCAGCCUUGGAGUUAUAUGAAGCCUACUACAGAGAUCAACGGGACUUUGAUCUCAAGUCACAGGAAAAUGGAUAGGAGAUGGUGGAGAGCACAGGCGGUGAGAUACUUGAUGAGGUUUCAAACUGAAUAUACUUGCGGUUUGAUGAACUCUGCUAGACAUUCCGCGUUUGGAAAAGAAGCUGCUGAGAUUGUUCUCUCUGCAGGAGACUGGAGAAAGAACAAGAAGAAGCAGAUUAGGUCAGAGAUUGAAGAAGAAGUGUGGUCUAAUCACAAGCCGUGGGUUCCAAGGCCACUGCUGAGCGUGCAUGUGAGAAUGGGAGAUAAAGCUUGUGAGAUGAGAGUUGCUGCUUUAGAAGAGUACAUGCAUUUAGCUGACCGGAUCAGAGAUAGGUUUCCAGAGCUCAACAGGAUUUGGCUAUCUACAGAGAUGAAGGAGGUUGUGGAGAGAAGUAAAGAUUAUGCUCACUGGAGAUUCUAUUACACGGAAGUGGCGAGACAGGUUGGUAAUACAUCCAUGGCUGACUAUGAAGGUAGCCUUGGGAGAGAGAUGAGCACUAACUAUCCUCUUGUUAACUUCUUGAUGGCAUCAGAAGCUGAUUUCUUUGUUGGAGCAUUAGGCUCCACUUGGUGUUUCCUCAUUGAUGGUAUGAGGAAUACCGGUGGUAAGGUCAUGUCCGGUUAUCUCAGUGUCAAUAAAGACCGGUUCUGGUAACUUCAUAGGAUCCAUUAUGUACAUAUUACAUAACUGAUACCAGCUUUAAGACUCCUACAAUCCUUGUUUCUUCAUCUGUUUGUACAAAGAGUUUUCAGUGUAUAAUAAAGGUUUAGUUUACAAACAA